AUGGACGGCCAGCGGGACUACUACAGCAGGCCGCCGGUGGUGAGUGAGUGCUCUCCGCAGACGGCGCGGGUGAGCUCCGCCGCCGUCGCCGCCGCCGCCAUGGCCGUGUCCCGCGUGCCCAGCCCGCCGCCGCCAGAGGUCAACACGCCCGUCGCCGAGAACUGGUGCUACACCCAGGUCAAAGUUGUCAAAUUUAGCUACAUGUGGACAAUAAACAAUUUCAGUUUUUGUCGCGAAGAGAUGGGCGAAGUUCUAAAAUCGUCAACAUUUUCGGCAGGCGCCAAUGACAAAUUGAAAUGGUGUUUACGAGUCAAUCCAAAAGGUUUGGAUGAAGAAAGCAAGGACUACCUCUCCUUAUACUUGCUUCUAGUCUCCUGCAACAAGUCAGAAGUUCGGGCAAAGUUUAAAUUCUCCAUUCUUAACGCCAAACGAGAAGAGACCAAAGCGAUGGAGAGCCAGCGAGCCUACAGAUUCGUCCAAGGCAAGGACUGGGGCUUCAAGAAGUUCAUCCGCAGGGAUUUCCUCCUCGACGAAGCAAACGGUCUUCUCCCGGAUGAUAAACUCACCAUUUUUUGUGAGUAUGCACUGGAGAGGUUAAAAGUUAUGUGUGAAGAAGCCCUCUGUACAAAUCUGUCAAUCGAGAAUGCAGCGGACAUCCUCAUACUGGCAGAUCUCCACAGCGCAGAUCAGCUGAAAGCGCAGGCUAUCGACUUCAUCAACACGCACGCGACGGACGUCAUGGAUACGCAGGGCUGGAAGCAGAUGAUCCUGUCUCACCCGCAUCUGAUCGCAGAAGCAUUCCGAGCACUGGCGACGCAGCAGAUACCGCCCAUCGGACCGCCCCGCAAACGCGUGAAGCAGAGCUGAAGGCAGCCGCCCUCCGGCGCCCCCCGCGGUGGCGACUGCGACCGCGAGCUCCGCCUCUGCCUCUGCCCCCGCCUCCACCGUGGCCGCCUCCGGCGUGGGGUCUCCGCCGCCCCCUGUCCCACCGUCUCCCUGAAAUCUCCUCCGUCACCGUAUGUUGUCAACUGCUUGGCUGGCAGUGUUCAGUUUCCGGACAAACUUGGAACUAUUCUCCUGCACCGUUUGUCGUACCUCCUUUACCUCUGUCAGUUUUUGGUCGGACUUUUUAUUUUUCGUCGUUACGUGCGUACGUAUUGAGGAAAAUGUGUGUCGAGAACCUAGCUUUUCACCCGCUCGGUGCUCGGGUCGGAUGGAAAGCGUGGCCCGAGAGAGAGUUUCUUGGAAAUAAGUUACCCGAAACAUUCACAAAUUCGAUAAGACAUUUUCUUGUACACUUUCGUAUGCAAAACGACAGGAACCUAGAACCUAGAGCCUAGUGUAAGUGGGAAUUCAGAAUUGAGAGAAAUUGCACUCAAUUUGAAGCUCAUUUUUGAUUCACUCAGUGACUUCCAAAUUGUUUUGCGGGAGCGGGUCAUUUGCGAGAAUUGUGAUUUAUUUGCACAUUCUCUUUAGUUGGAAAUUGAAGCCGUUUUGUAUUUCCAAAAACUUCUCUCUCGGAGGAACUUCGCAGACAGAAGAAAAGUCACAUGAAGACUUGUUUGUUUUUGUGGAAAACAAAGUUGCAGAAACUGUACAAAGAUUGAUUUCCUUAAUAAAAUAUUAUUUUUAUUCCACCUCAUUUUAAAGGUAACACUAUAAGAGCAGCCUUUUCACUUUGUUUCUCAUUUAUUAAUGGAGUGAAAAAUCUAGUUAGUUUUAUUUAUAUGAUCUCCCAAAUUCAUUUUAUUAUUUUGUGUGCCUCUGGGCAUGUGCGCUUAUGUAUGUUAAUGUGUGGUUACUAUUGUUAAUUGUAAACUUGUUGUUCCAGUUUCUUUUAAUUUAAGAAAUAGUUUUAAUUUGAACUGGGUUUUCUGUUUUGUUUUUGCCCACUGAGUCUUUGCGGCAUCCUCUGUGAAACUCUUUGAAUUAAUGAGGAAUAGUUAACGGCUGACACUUGACUCCCAGUCCUCUGCACCUCCCCACCCCACCCUCUGCAGUAUUCUUCGCCCCAGAAUAUUCUUUCCUUUUGCUUUGACCUUCAUGUCUCGUGAAUAUUUCCUUUACACACAGAAUCCUGUUCCCUUCCCGUGACUAUCUCUUCUUAUUGAAGUGCACUUUAAGAUCUGCACUUCUUCAAAGAAAAACGAAAAUAAGAUGCAACUUGCAGUAGUAUUUUUAUGAACAAAUUUUAAAUGUAUCUUUCUAAAUCUGUUCUCGGAAUCAGAAAGAUAGCUAACCUAUUUCAAAACGAAAUGUCUGGCUCUUGGGGGUCCGAUGCGUGCAUUUACGUGCAGUGUACAGAUUUGACCCGACUGGGAAGUAAAUGUAAAUGUGAAUGUCGAGCCAGAUACCGUGUUCUCAGUUAAAUUUUUUGGGUACAGUACAGUGGACGAGUCGUGCCCGUAUUUCGAGGAGGAAUUGGUUUUGAUUUGAUCGUGCCAAUGUUUUCAUUUUUUAUACGGUAAUGUUUACAAACCGUGGUUCGUUGUAUUUCAAUUCACCAGGAAUAACUUGGGAAAAAUUGUAAAUGCGUCGGAAACAGUGUUUUCGUGUGUUGUGUAAGAGGACAAAUUAGUGAUAACUGUUUCUUGUACACAAAAUGAAAACUGCUGGUUACGUGAUUUUUAAUCGUUUUACAUCAGUAAAGAUUUUGUGCUGUAAGUUACUGGAUUUCUAAUGUUUGAGAAAAUGUUAAUAUCUUUAGUUUAGGUAGUAUAUCCCUUGAAGCAAAUUAUCACAAUAAUUUUGGAAAACCAUCAAAAGCCUGUAAUUUAAUUUUAUUAUUUGCAUUGAUAUUUGAAGUUAUCAGCUGAUUUAUCUCUGCAGUGCAAUUUAUUAUGAUAUUUCUUGUGUAAACUGACAAAUUGGAGGAAAAAUUGCAAAUAUCUGAGUUCAGAGAAUAAUUGUGUGCGCUUAUGUUAACUUCUGUGGGAACCGCAGUACUGUUAUUGCCAAAUAUUGUAAUCUUAAGGAAAUAUACAUGUCCAUAUAUUCAUUUAUUAUCUUACCAGAUUAGUUGAUGCCCUCAUUGCCAUAUUGAGUUUUCUGUGAUAAAACAUUAGUUUGUUCAUGGUGGAUCAUACUUCAUUAGUGUUCUAAUCACUAAAAAUCAUUAGAAUAUCAUUCUGAUAACAGUAUUUUAUGUUCGUUUGCCCCAGUGUAUACUCCAUUAAUGUACGACUUUGUUCUUGGAACAGCUGUAGAAUGUGAAGCUUCCCGAAUUCACUGUAGGUCGCAUCCACCCUCUCCCGACUUCCUUGUAUCUGGUGUGAAGUACACCUUCCUAAGUAAAGUUGCGAUUCCGACUUUGGACGCGAAUUAAGAUAUAUUGUACUACUGCUAACAGUGGGCAAGCUAGAAACCUCAAAUUCGUGUCUUCCAAAAAAGAGUGGUGGAUGUUUCCUCAGCACGCAGUGUCGAAAUAGAACGACAGAUUAUAAAAUACGUUGUACGUGCAGACAUCCUGUUCUUUUGUUCGAUAAAUUCGGUUGUCACAUAUUCUCUGGGAAGCCUGCUGGCUUUACCUGCAUUUAAGCAGAAUGCUUUCUGAUUUUUGCAGUAAGUGACGACAUUUAUGACGAGUGGUAAAACUCUGCAAUACGUCUGUCCGUAAACUAUUACGGCCGGCACUUCCCGUUUCAAUGUCGGGUGCAGUAAUGACAGUCGUCCGGUUAGCUACUUUUGUGGCAUUUGCAUUUAGGAAACUUCACCGAUCUGUGUAUUGCAUUGUUUUUCAUAGAUUUACUUUGUAAUGUGUACAAAUGUACUCGGGUACUUCAGAUGUUGCUACUGGAUUUGUGUUGAGGUGAACUUCUUGACCCCAUUUCUGUUUGUGCUCCAGUGCUGAUUGCCUUUGUAACCAAAUUUACAUAAUUGUAGCUUCAUUUGUGUAAUUCAUUGGGAAAUAUGAUGCCAACAGCACAUACUUCAUAUGAGUUAAAUUUUCAUUAAGUAUAGAAUAAAUGAAAGUUUUUGGAGAA